GAUAUCAAGGAUGCUUGCUAUAAUUUUACUCUCUUAUCCUAUCACAUUUUUUGGUAAAGUUGCAUUCAUGUUCUAAUAUUAUAUUGCUCAUACUUGGAUACCAGUAGCAAAUUUGGAGAUACCUGCUCAGACUUGGAUACCUGCUCUAGAUACACUUAAGUUUUUAUCUUUCCAGCCAACAAAAGCCUAAUAUGAUUUCCACUACAAGUCCACGCAAGCAAAUUCAUGACAAUUUGAGAGUAAAUUUACAAGUAUAUUUUGCAGCUUUAUUACUUACAUGUUGGAGACUUAACGAUGCAGGUCCUCGGUACUCGUUCGGGAUACAUUAGAGGACUUGGAAGUGGGCCAAAGCCAGUUAGGUCAACUUCUUCAGAUGCCACCUCCUCAAUCAGAUCAACUAACACCGCAUUACGUGAAAAGCUUGAAUCCACUCAAGAAGAGUUAGCAAACACCAAAGUUCAAUUAGCAAGCACCCAAGAUGAGUUAGCAUCAAUGAAAUCAAGACAAGAUAAGUUCGAACAAAUUCUUAACCGAUUGGCACCUGGAGCAUUAGAUUCCUUGAUCGAUUCAUCUUCGGUUCCACCUCCUCCUACUCAUUCUUAGACUUUGAUGUUGUGGAUUUUUGGAUAUGAACAUGAUGUUGCGAAGUUUAUUUCUUGUAGAUUGUGAUGUUGUGGAUUUCUGUAUGUGAACUUAAUGUUUUGAACUUGUUACUUGUUUUUACUUUAUUUGGAUUGUUACUUGUGUACUUAAU